GCAUUAAUGUGUAAACAAUAACGUGCGAUAUAUGAUAAAUUCUUUUAAAUUCAAGUCCUGAACAUUGCCGAUUAAACGUGCAGUAUCUCACUUCCAAAACAGUAAAUUUCGAAUAAUGGAUAUGUGGGUAUCGGGUGUUAUUGUAGCUAUGUUGAUAGUUACUGUAAUAUUUUUAAUAAAUUGGUAUUACAACAUGUGGAUGUACAAUGAUUUAAACGUAGUUCCGGGUCCGAAACCUUUACCGAUUAUUGGGAAUGCUAAUGAUAUAGGAAACACAACUGUGAGUCUUCUUCAAUCAUUUAUGAAACUUCAUUUGAAAUAUGGAAACUUUUAUAAAUUAUGGCUCGGACCGAGACUUCAUGUGAUAAUAGCGAAACCCGAAUAUUUGGAGGAACUAUUAACGUCCAAUGUUAAUUUGGCCAAAUCCAAUGGUUACGAUUUAUUUAAACCAUGGUUAGGAGACGGUCUUUUAGUGAGUACAGGCAAAAAAUGGAAAACCAGAAGAAGGAUGAUAACUCCUACUUUUCAUUUCAAAAUAUUGGAAGAGUUCAUGAAGGUAUUUAACAAAGAAUUUAACGUUCUGUUGGAAAUUUUGAAACAAAAAGUAAAAGAAAACCCGGAAGAAUCUAUUGAUAUCACCGAACCCAUCAAUUUAGCUUCUUUAGAUACUAUCUGCGAGACAGCAUUCGGAACCCCCUUGAAUGCCCAACAUAACGGAAAUCCAGGUUACGUUAAAGCGGUUACCAGUUUUUUGGAAAUCUUUACGCUUAGAUUUUUCUCAAGCUGGUUAAGAAACCCGAUUUUAUUCCGAUUAUCUUCACAUUAUGAAAAAUAUUCGAAAAAUUUAAAAAUUCUUCACGAUUUUACCAACAAAAUUAUCAAAGAAAGAAGAAGAGAAUUCAGAUCGAGAACAGAUAAUCCUAGACACGUUUCUGAAGAGGGAAUUAAAAAACGUGCUGCUUUAUUGGAUAUGUUGAUGGAAACUACAGUAAACGGUGAAGAAUUAACUGAUGAAGAUAUCAGGGAAGAGGUGGAUACUUUCAUGUUUGAGGGUCACGACACUUCCGCAACAGCGAUUUGCUACGUUCUCUAUGCUAUAGCGCAGAAUCCUAUUGUGCAAAAUAGAGUCUAUCAAGAGAUUUUAGAGGUACUUGGCAAUGACAAAACAACGGAAAUUACUAUAUCUAAAAUAAACGACUUGAAAUACUUGGAUAUAGUGGUAAAGGAAGCUUUCAGAAUAUACUCUCCGGUGCCCUUAAUAGAGAGGAGGUUGGAAGAAGAUUGGAUUUUAGAUGGCGUGAGGAUUCCCAAAAAUACCAGCGUUUCCAUAUUUAUUUAUGGAAUGAACCACGACCCCACCGUCUUUCCGGAUCCCGAAAGGUUCGACCCAGAAAGGUUUCUUCCUGAAAAACAAUCAACCCGACACACCUACGGAUUCAUUCCAUUUAGUGCUGGACCAAGAAACUGUAUAGGUCAAAAAUAUGCUGUGUAUCAAGUAAAAACCUGCUUAAUAAAAAUUAUAAUGGAAUUCGAAAUGAUUGAAGAUAAAAAUUUCACACCCGAAAUUGGCAUGUGUUCCGUAUUGAAAUCUAGAAAUGGAAUUAAAAUUAAAUUAAAACCUAGAUAUCUGGUACAAUCAAAGUAAAUUAACAUCAACGAAAUAUCAAAAUUAUCCUCGGAUAACGGUAUACAAGGCGUGGCAAUUAAAUAACAUGAAUUUGGUUAUAUAUAAAUGUCUAUAAAUUCUCAGAUCAUGGUACAUAAUUAAGCAAUCAUCCCUUGAGAGUAAUCACAAACUAUCUCCAUCGUUUUUCGAUUUCUGGUAGCAAGUUUGUCGAUGUUGACGUCUUUAAAACCGCCGCCGCCUGCUGGUAAAUGUAUUCAAUCAUUUUGGACAAUAAUCCGCCGUAAUUCUGAGCUGUUUUGAGUAUAUGGGAACAUUGUAAUGUGUUCAUCCACUUUAUGACGUAUUCGUACAAGGCACUAGAGGUACUCACUCCUUGUGGAUCAUACCCUGGAUAUAAGUGAAGCAAAUAAGCAUGGUUUUCAUUUACGAUCGUGAAAUUCUAGCUUGUUGGGGACGUUCUCAAUCUUAGUUCUGUGAACGGGUUUCUGGAUCAAAUUGUAAAACCCAAAUUUUAUCGUCCGUCAGUUCUCGGGUCACUUACUUUGAUCACUUACAUUAAAUCAACAUUUGACAUUAAAAUAACAUCUGUUUUAUCUAUGAAUUAAAAAACUUCAAUAGAAAUGACUUAUGACAAUAUAUCAAAAACAUGAUAUGAAAAAGAAAGUUUUUAACAAAAAAGUUGCCAGCACCGAAGCAUUUACGAGGAUAUAUUGAAAAAUUCUUAGCCUACUAUAGGAUCAAACAAAAUUUAAAUGUCAAAAUAUUUAAUUACUCAACAUAUUCUCCUCUUAAUUGGAUACAUUUAUUAUAGCGAACCUGCAACAAAAAAAAUGUUUCUUCUUGGUCUGCAAACCAGACCUCCACAGCUUUUAUUACCUACUCGUUGGAAGAAAAUUUACGACAUUUUUAACUUUUUUCAAUUGAUAAAAAAGAUGAUAAUCACGAAAUUUGGUGAAUAAAGGGGGUAUUCUAGUAAUUCAAACCCUAAAUCACGAAGUUUUUGCAUGGCAACAUGAGAUUUAUGUGCGGGGGCGUUGUCCUGCAAAAACAAAACACCUUUGGAUAGCUUCCCGCUUCUUUUCUCUUUAAUUUUUUUCCCGUAGAGUAGUCAGUAAUGUCGAAUAGUAAUCUCCAGUUAUUGUUCUACCCUUAUCCAAAAAAUCAAUCAUGAUUACUCCAUGGCAAUCCCAAAAAACUGGAGCAAGAACUUUUCCAGCAGAUUUUUGGACACAAAACUUCUUAGGUGUUGGAGAACCAGAGUGUCGCCAUUUCAUUGAUUGUCGCUUUGUUUCUGGAUCGUAGAAAUGUACCCAAGUUUAAUCCAUAGUAACAAUUCGGUUUAAAAAGUCUACAUCGUUUUCAAAUCGAGCACAGAUCGAACGCGAUGCUUGCACGCUUUUUGUCAACAUCAUUUGGGUAUCCAUUUGGCAGCAAUUUUUCUCAUGUCCAAAUUGACGUGAACUAUAUGAUGAAAGCGUUCGAUUGAAAUAUUCAGUGCUUCAGAUAUCCAUUUUAGUCCACUUCGACUGUUUGAUAACUGACACCGAAACUGGCCUUCCCGAUGGGUCAUCAUCUUUAAUGGACAAUUUACGUCUUUUGAAACUUGCAGUCCAAUUUUUCACGGUCGCAUACGAAGGAUAUUGAUCACCAAGGGUAUUAAGCAUACCUUCGUAAAUCUGCUUACCUAUUAACCCUUAUAAAUACAGGUACUUGAUGGCUUACUUUUUUGACGUCAAACUUUACACUGACACUUCUAAUAAGUUAUUGUUCGUUGUUAUGGUAACGCAAUAUUUUGUUUAUGCAUGGAACUGGUCUAGACUAACUAGAUAUCAAUACAUCCUCAUUUUAAAAAAUAUAUACUUAUAGAACAUUUGGUGAGAACUUUUGCGUCAUGCCUUGUAUAAUAUAUUGUAACAGUGUAAUAUUAAAAGUAGCCAUAUUAAAAAUGCGAUUUCUAUGUUAUAUUUAUAGUUAAUUUUGAUCAAAAUAACUGAUAAAAAUAGUCGAAAAUGUAAGACAGGGAAUGUAAGCUGCGUAUAAAUAUAAUUUUUGUAAUAAUUUCAAAUCUACCGGAAUUAUCUGAUAGUACAUGUAAUACGGAUCGAUAGUAUUACAAAAACAACUGAUAAAUUCGCAAUUAUUCACAAAAAGAUAACAAUGUAUAAUAUUUUGUAUACCUCGAAAUUAUCGAUCAAUGUUAUCAAAGAUUAAUAAAUACAUGCCUUUAUAAAAAA